AUGGGGCUGCAAGGCGAGAAUCAUUACAACUUGAUUAGUGAUGCUGCCCGCCACAGUUGCAGAGAGACGUUGGUGAGUGCAAUCUUUUCGAGACACAACAAUAUUGGUGUCUAUUGCACAAGCCAGGUUUUGAAGAGUUCAAAAAUGGCACAUCCAGGAGAGAUUGAAUGCUCUUUAACUGUUGAACGCCUUCUGGCCACCCGCAAGCAAGAGCGCAUGGCAGCCUAUCGAUUCCUUCAGGGUCUAAGCCAUCAGCUUAGCCUGGUGACAAAUGGGGCUGUAGGAAUGAGCAGCUUCUUGUGUGACAAUCCUGCGCUUGGACAUUUGGACAAUGUUUUGCACAUUGUGAAGGGGCACAUGGUUUUUCUUGUUGACAAGGUCACAAAGAGAACAACUGCAACAGUGAACUUGCUGGACCUAGUGAAUCACAAUAUCCCAAUUGCAGGUAUGGAUCAGGGCCCAUCCAACAUGGCUGCAUGUGGGUUCCUUCAUCAGCAAGCCAUGACUCAGUUCUAUUUCGACCCAUUUCACAGGUGCAACCGUGAUUUGAAACUGGCUGCAAACAGUGUUGCGCCCAAGGCAGUGCGGACUCGUUUGUCUAUGGCCCAUUUGUGCUCCACCUACCUGUGGACAUUGUCGUACAAACCAUUCCGCCAAGGAGCAUUCUUCCAGGAGAAGACAGAACUCCUUGAGAUGUUCUUGAACUCGGAAGGUGAGGAUAGUGAACUGCUUGAGAGAUUUGCAGACUUGGUAGCUUUAGAUAUGGGUGUUGAGUCAGUGGACUUGUCAUUGCUGGCAGAACUGAAGACCUUCAGGAACAAAUCCAGCUGUGUCAAGUCUGGAAGGUGGUUCAGCUGGAGCAAUUCGGCCCAUGAUCACUUUGGUGAGUUUUGGGCGUCACGGAUGCUCCUCACAGCAUUGUUUCCAGAUGAGUGUCCAGACACCCGCGCUACCUCUACUACAUUUGCAGAGCUCCGCAAGGAGGCUGGUGGUCUCAAACUUGCUUUGAAAUGCUGCAGUUGGAAUACUUGGUUCUCUGUCCGGGCAAUGAAACUUGCCAAUGAUGUCCUGUGGACUUGGUACAGUAAAACGGUGAAAAAGAUCAAGACUCCACAUCACGGCUUGGAGAGGUUGGCGCAAAUGGCAGAUGGCCAAUGGAUGUCAGAUGCCCAAUUCACAGGUUUGAUCAACUUGUUCAGUGACUGGGGAGACUUUGAAACGGUGCUUCAAUAUGAUAAAUGUUCCUUGAGGCAUUUGGAGCAAAGCAAGUUGCAGAACUAUUUGGAUGACCUGUGGUUCUAUGUGCUUGGCUGUCUCAACAAGAGGGCGUCUUCUAUGUGCAUGCACAACUCUCCACCGGAGGUGUAUGCUGCAGCUGUUGUGCUUGAUGAUCCUGUGAGGACUGUUGCUGCCGUGCAGUUGAUGAAAAAUGAUUGGGAUAUUUUGCGGAGGCUAGAGCACUCAAAGAGUCAGAGCACUUCAGAGAUCCUGGAUGAUGUGAGAUACACGGUCUCCAAACCAAUGAGGUUGGUUUAUCAACUCUACCAAGCUGAUCUCACGGAAAAGGGACGGGAUAUUCUGGCAAGCCUUGUGACCCGCCUACCAGACACCAAGUUUGUUGAAGAUAUUCAUCAGACAAUCCGUGGCAAAGCACAGUCUCAACCACAUGAGAAGCUCAACCACAGACAGAUCCAAUCCCUUGUGGAAACCUCUCAGACAUUUGAGAGUCGUGGGAUAUUGCACCCAGCUGCUUUGGACAAGAAAGCAAUGCUGUCACGAUGGGCAUCAACAAAGCCAAGUGAUAGCAAGCAACAGUUUCUGGCUGCUUCAGAGAAGUUGACAAAGGUGUUUGCUGACAUCGUUGGUAGCAAAAAAUGGCCUUCAAUGUCUGAGGAGUGGAAGUUCAUCUUGGAUCAUUCAAUCUAUGUUGCCACGUCUUUGAUGCCAGUUUUGGCAAGUGAUGUUGGUCUGGUCUUGUCAGUGCAUGGGUGGGAGAAGGUCAUCAAGUGCACACUCCGUGAGCAUGGGCAAAGGCUGACAUUCCGGGAGUUGGCUAUCUUGGGUGAGCUUGAGCUUGAUGUGGACGUUGAUUCACUGAACAAGGACCAGCUUCUGCAAGCUUUGGCAUCGAAGGUGGGUGAUGAUGACUUUGUGGAGGAAAUCAAGAGACGGAUUGAGGAAAAAAAAGAAGGUGCCCGAUGA